AUGUCUGUCAAAAACGUGUUGAAGAAGGUCGGCGGCUGGUUUGCGCCGCCCCCCGGCAAAGCUGAAGAUGGCAGAGAUCAGUGGCCAUCGCGUGCUGCUUUCCUUCUCGCGUCCAUGGGUGGCUGCGCGGGCAUGGGAAACCUCCUGCGCUACCCGUCGCAAGUAUACAACAACCAUGGAUUACAGUGGUACAUUCCGUACCUUAUGUGCGUCUUCCUGAUUGCUAUUCCGGUCCUCGUCCUUGAAAUCGCCAUCGGCCAAGCCUACCGCGGCGGUUCCGUUGUGGCUUUCAACAAUAUAAACCGCCGCCUGAAGGGUGUCGGUCUCAGUCUGCUCUAUGUCGGCUUCGUCGUCGGACCCUACUUCGUGGUCAUCCUUGCGUGGAUUAUGAACUACUUCCGAAACUCUUUUAUUAGUCCACUUCCUUGGACCGGUCGGGGAGAGGAAUUCUACAUGAAGGAUGUGGUCGCUAACAUCCCACCCAUUACCGGCAACUUGACUGAGGAUGGCACCAAAGUUCUCAACUAUACAAAGUACCCUGGUGUUGGCCUCGUCGGAGAGACGGUUGGCUGGACCGCCUUCACUUGGUUUCUUGUCUGGCUCUGCAUCUUCAGGGGUGUGGGGUUGACCGGGCGCGUUGUAUACUUCACAAUGGGUUUGCCUGUUAUCAUGACCAUCGUCCUCAUUGGCCGUGCUGUCUCUCUCGACAAUGCCAAAGAGGGCAUCAAGCUGUAUUUCGCGACUUGGAACGGAGAUAAGCUUGCCAACGGCCAGAUCUGGCAAACGGCCUGCGGCCAGGUCUUCUUCUCCACCGGCGUUGGCUUCGGUUACUUCACCUCAUACGCGUCCUACAACAGCAAACAUUCAAAUGCAGUCGUGGAUUCCAUCCUCAUCGUUACCAGCAACGUCUUGUUCGAAAACAUUGCCGCCUUUGCCGUGUUUGGCGUGGUUGGGUUUCUUCGCCUCUUCCCCCAAGACGGAACGCGGCUGGGUAGCUUCACCGUUGGUUUCCUGACGCUUCCCUUGGCCAUUACUGAGAUGCCUGGUGCGAACUUCUGGGCUUUCGCCCUGUUCUUCACGCUCAUGGUCCUGGGAUACAGUUCGGCUUUCGCUAUGUUGGACGCCGUGGUUACUCUUGUCAUGGAUACCGGCAUCAAGUACCCCCGCCCGCUUGUCGUAACCACCCUCGUGGUCAUUUCCUUCCUCCUGUCACUGCCGUAUUGCACCCAAUUCGGCUAUUAUCUUCUCGAUGGUAUCGACCGGUGGAUCAACGAUAUCGCUCUUGUAUUUGUCGUCUUUUCCGAAUGCGUGAGUUCUACGACCGUUUACCGAUGGAAGGACGUUGUCGGCCAAGUUGGUCGUCCCGCGUUCAUUGUUUAUAACUGUGGUUACUUUGGCGGUAUGGUUCUUGGUGUGGGCAUCGCCCAUGCUGUGAGACCUCCGGUUGGCGCUGGAGUCGGCUUCGGUCUCUACGUUGCUGGGUCUGCCAUCUCGACAUUCAUUGCCAAAACACCGGAUGCGGAGACCCCUAAGCUCUUCAACGGAAAUGCAAUCUUUCGCCGGUUCUAUUGGUUGGCCUUUUACUCGGGUAACCAACUGCGCCGUGACCUGAAUGUUAUCGUCGGUCGCGGAAACAACUGGGAGAUACCAGCUUUCUGGAGUCCCCUUCUCCGAUACGUCGCCGGUCCGAUUCUCGCCAUUGUCUUUGGAUUCUCAUAUCCCGCUUUCUACAAACUCCGGAUAGAUCCUCUCCACAUCCUCGGUUUUGCCAUAGGCCACAUCGCCCUGUUAAUCAUUGCUUUUGGCUUCAUCGUACCGCGCUGGUAUGAUGUUAUCAUCUCGCCAUCCCGGCGUGGAGAAGGCAGGGUCCCGUAUGCUCCUGGGGUCGCCUUCGAGGCGGUGGUGUCUUCGGGGAACAGCGAUGCCCUGGAGAGCGGCGAGGUGGAAGGAAAAGUGGUUGUGGAUCCGGAUACCCAGAAUAAAUGA